UGGCGGAGUCACGUCACAGCCGGCGCUGCCCGGCGCGGCCCCGCCCGCGCACCGCGCGUUCCGGCGGAGCUCCCGCAGGCCUCCUCUGAAUGUCUGGUGGGGUAAAAGCUGUGUGGGGAUCUCCAAGCUACAGGAUUUGCUGUCCCCACUCACGUGGACUCCCUGGUCUGUGGCUGUGUCACCUAUUUUCCUGCUCAGCAUUUCCUUGGCAGGAUGAUGGUGCUCUGUUUUUUGAGCAGAGCCCUGCCACGAGCCAGGCAUUCACCCAGCCUACUGGGGAGACAACUCUGCUCAGCCAGCACAAAUAAGCCAGUGUUGACUUUAUUCACCAAGAAACCAUGCCCUCUGUGUGAUGAAGCAAAAGAAGUUCUUGAGCCAUACAAGAGAAGGUUUAUUCUGCAGGAGGUGGAUAUUACCCUUCCAGAGAACUCAGCAUGGUAUGAUAAAUACAAAUAUGACAUACCUGUUUUUCACUUAAAUGGAAAGUUCCUAAUGAAGCAUCGUGUUAACAUUCAAAAAUUUGAGGACCAACUUAGGAAGCUGGAGUUGCAAAGUGGGGAAAACCAAUGAAGAAAAUGCAGCUGCUCUGAUGCAGAUCUCAAAGGUGAAAAGAACUGUGUGAAAACAACCCCAUAUUCAUUAUGUGGCCUUAAAUUUCUUAGGACAUGUGAGUCUGAAAAACUUGAGUGACUUGUGUUCUGUUUUGUGUUAAUCACCCAGCCCAGCUGCACCAGGACCCACCUUUUCUGUGCUGUUCAUUUGCUGCUCUCGUGGGUUGCUGUUUUCACUGACAGAAUAAAAGCUGCUCCAUAACAGCAGAUAAAGUAAACUCUGUUUGUAUGGGGUUGGCAUGGCCAGGUUUGGGUAGUGGGGGGUGGUACAGGGGUGGUUUCUCUGAGAAGCUGCUGGAAGCUUCCCCUGUGUCCAGCUGAGCCAGCCAGCUCCAGGAUGGAUCCUCUGGCCACAUCCUCAGUGAUGAGGAGGAAGAAGGUGAGAAUGUUUAAUAAAAUGACCACAAACUCCAUCCUCCAUCUCCCUGAACCAACGAGGGGAAGGAGAAAGAGCAAACUGAGAGUGAAGUUAAACCUUGGAAGAAGGGAAGGGUGGGAUAAAGGAAUUUUAAAGAUUUAAUUUCCUUUGUCUUUAUCCUACUGUGAUUUGAUUGGAAAUAAACUAAUUUCCCUAAAUCUC